CCUAACAAUCAAUAAUUUCAAAUCAUAUAAAACACCUUAUUAUAACUACUUAUUUUUCAAAAAAAAAAUUAAAAAAAAAUCUCAAUGGCAUCGACAUCUUUUAUGAUUGCAGUUAUUAUUGUUGUUGUUGCCAUUGUUGCUACUCCAGCAAUGGCAACUGAUCAUUGGGUUGGUGAUGAUCAAGGUUGGAAACUCGAUUUUAAUUACACAGCUUGGGCUGCUACGAAACAGUUCCACGUUGGAGAUAAGCUCAUAUUCAAGUACAAGAAAGACGUUCACAACGUGUAUAAAGCAGAUCAUGAAGCAUUCAAAAGCUGUACACCAAGUAGCGAUGUUACGCCAUUAACAUCUGGAAAUGAUGAGAUUUCCCUGGCUUCGUCAGGGAAAAAAUGGUACAUUUGUGGUGUAGGUAAACAUUGUGAAAAGGGAAUGAAACUUGCCAUUAAUGUUUUGCCAGCAGAAUCAGUAUCCCCUGCUCCGUCACCAAGUAGCCCUGGUUCUUCUUCUUCUUCUUCAUUUGCAUCUUCAAUUUCUCCCGAUUCAAAAUUUGUUGCUUUGUGUGUUGCUGCAUUUGCAAUCAUCGUCAUGAUCAUGACUUGACGAUGAAAUUAGUUCAUAUGGAGGAGGGGUGAGCUGAUGAUCAUUUAUCAAUUUGUUGUCGUUAUUUGUUUUCACAUUUUGAAUAAUUGUAAGAUAGUUGAGGCAAUCAGGACUCAGGAGUAGUGUCUGAGGCUCCUGGAUUUUAUGUUAAUUUCUUUUACUUUGUUUGUUUUAUUGAAGAUUUGAAUAUGUUUGUAUCCUACCUGAUUUGAUAUAUAAUUUAUUCUACGAUUCUCUCAU